GUACCUACAUAUCUUAUAGGUCUAACGUCAUCGUAAAAAACAUACAUCCAUGGAUACUUGCUUGCUAAAUACUUAGUAGAUAUGCUUGUAAAAUGAAUAGGUACUCUAUUCGCUUACCUACUUAAUCUUUCGUGUGGUUUAAGCCUAGUAUGUAUCACUACAGCAAAAUUUCAGAAAAUCCCGCGUCUCAACAUGUGAUUCAAAGUUCACUGAAGCAGGCUACAUCAAUCUAGACCGGUCUCUACGAUCAAGCCAAAGUGAGGCGAAAAGUAGCCUAGAAGCCAUACAAGAUCUCAAAAUAUCCAACGUCCGCUAGUACUUUGGAAGCAGAGAAAUACUAUCAUGUCAGGGUGGUCGAACAAAACAUCUAGCAGCGCUGAGGGAUAUAAUUAUGACGAUGGUGGGCGCCCUCGAAUCGAUAAAACGGGUCUGAAAAGCAAGUUCCGGCCUAAUGACAGAGUUUACCUCCAAACUGGACGGGCCCUCCAAGGUCCGUUUCUUAUCGAGUCCGUUCUGAGGCCCCAGAUCUAUACUCUUUGCCUUGAAAAUGGAGAGAAAGCAAAUGGUGGCGCAGAGGUCGCAGAGAAUUUAUUAACACUAGCGUAACACCGCAAUAGUCAUAUGUGGAUGGUCUAAAUAACCCUCAAGACAUUAAUAUAAUGGAAAAUUUACUCUG